AUGACCACCUGCAGCCGCCAGUUCACCUCCUCCAGCUCCAUGAAGGGCUCCUGUGGCAUUGGUGGUGGCUCCAGCCGCAUGUCCUCUGUCCUGGCCGGAGGGUCCUGCCGGGCCCCCAGCGCCUACGGGGGCCUGUCAGUCUCCACCUCCCGCUACUCCUCCGGGGGGGCCUGCGGCCUGGGGGGCGGCUAUGGCGGCGGCUUCAGCAGCAGCAGCAGCUUCGGGGGGGGCCUGGGUAGCGGCUUUGGUGGAGGAUAUGGUGCUGGCCUUGGUGCUGGCUUUGGUGGUGGCCUCGGCGGUGGCUUCGGCGGUGGCUUCGGCGGUGGCGAUGGCAGCCUUCUCUCCGGCAAUGAGAAGCUUACCAUGCAGAACCUCAACGACCGCCUGGCCUCCUACCUGGACAAGGUGCGUGCCCUGGAGGAGGCCAACACCGACCUGGAGGUGAAGAUCCGCGACUGGUACCAGAGGCAGCGGCCGGCUGAGGCCAAGGACUACAGCCCCUACUUCAAGACCAUCGAGGAGCUGCGGAACAAGAUCAUUGCCGCCACCAUCGAGAACGCUCAGCCCAUUCUGCAGAUCGACAAUGCCAGGCUGGCAGCUGAUGACUUCAGGACCAAGUAUGAGCAUGAGCUGACCCUGCGCCAGAGCGUGGAGGCCGACAUCAACGGCCUGCGCCGGGUGCUAGAUGAGCUGACCCUGGCCAGGACCGACCUGGAGAUGCAGAUCGAGGGCCUGAAGGAGGAGCUGGCCUACCUGAAGAAGAACCAUGAGGAAGAGAUGCUUGCCCUGCGGGGUCAGACUGGCGGGGACGUCAGUGUGGAGAUGGACGCCGCCCCUGGCGUGGACCUGAGCCGCAUCCUGAACGAGAUGCGCGACCAGUACGAGCAGAUGGCGGAGAAGAACCGCAGAGACGCGGAGGCCUGGUUCCUGAGCAAGACCGAGGAACUGAACAAAGAAGUGGCCUCUAACAGCGAGUUGGUGCAGAGUGGCCGCAGUGAGGUGACCGAGCUCCGGAGGGUGCUCCAGGGCCUGGAGAUUGAACUGCAGUCCCAGCUCAGCAUGAAAGCAUCCCUGGAGAGCAGCCUGGAGGAGACCAAGGGCCGCUACUGCAUGCAGCUGGCCCAGAUCCAGGGGCUGAUCGGCAACGUGGAGGAGCAGCUGGCCCAGCUGCGCUGCGAGAUGGAGCAGCAGAGCCAAGAGUACCAGAUCCUGCUGGACGUAAAGACGCGGCUGGAGCAGGAGAUCGCCACCUACCGUCACCUGCUGGAGGGCGAGGACGCCCAGUGA